GGGAAAGUGAAUCAGGUUUUAACAAAAAUGGCUUCCUUAGAAAGUGCUGAAGAUCAGAAACCAUUAUUUAAGAUUGGAAAAUACCCCACGGACGAGGUGCUAAAGUGGCAGCUAAUGCUUAUUCAACAGUGUCCUUGGAAACGCAAUGCUACAGCGGUUAUGCAAUAUAGGAAAGAGCUAGGUCAGUGUUGCAACGCUUCUCGUCUGCUGGUGUUAACCAAGAAAAAUGCACCACUGGGCUCCAUCAUCAGGUUCGAUGGUGACAGCUAUAAAAACAUAACCGUAGAUGCCAGGCUGAGAAAUAUUCUAUUGAAGAGAUUUCCAUUGGCAGGUACCCGGUAUAGCAAAUGUGCUGUCAUUGGCAACGGUGGUAUCCUACAAGGUAGCAGGUGUGGACAAAAAAUUGACCAGGCUGAUUUUGUCAUCAGGUUUAAUCUGCCUCCCUUAAAUACAACUGAAGAUGUGGGAACCAAGACACAUUUAGUGACUAUCAACCCCAGUAUUUUUCAUAUUAGAUUCCAAGACCUGAGGGAUCCUCCAACGGCUUUUAUAGAGGUUCUUCAGGCCUACCAAAAUGCCCUUUUCCUCAUUCCUGCAUUAUCCUUCAAUUAUCACCUUACAAUUGCCUACCGUGCUGUAAACAUCAUGAAGGAUUGUGGCCUGGCCCAUAGGGCAUUCUUCCUCCACCCAUGCUACCUGGCUGCCCUCAAUAAGUAUUGGAAACUGAAAGGGAUGAAAGAAACACGCCUGACCACUGGCUUUAUGUUCACCAGUUUGGCUCUGGAGUUCUGUGACAACAUCUCUCUCUACGGCUUCUGGCCCUUUCCAUAUGACCUGACUGGAAAACCACUCAAUCAUCACUACUAUGACAACGUGUUGCCACAUCCUUCCAUUCAUAACAUGUCUGAAGAGUUCUCCCGUUAUCUCAAUAUGUAUGCCCAGGGUGUCUUGCGCAUACAGCUUGGCAAAUGCCAGUGAGUUUUGGGUAGGGAAGACAGUCCCUACCGAGGAAUAAAU